AUGGACAGCAACUUUCGAUCGACGGUGCUGCAGCGGCCGCAGAUUGGUGAUGGCGAUGGCCGUGAGCAACGCGACAGAGACAGAGACAACCAUGCACCAGGACAAGGAAAUGAAAAUGGUCGCGGACUCGUUCAAACUGGUCUUGGACCUGGACCUGGACCUGGACCUGGACAUCUAGAUGAUAGACACCAUCCGCGAGACAUGGACUCUAAUGCCAAUGUCAACGCACAAACUGGUGCAGGGAGCGCAAUGCACCGACACAUGCACUCAAACACGUCCUUGUCCAUGCCCUCGUCAAUGUCAAUGUCAAUGUCAACCACAAUGGGCUCCAGCCAGAACUCUAACAUUGGCUCCUCCACAACGCCGGCCAGCUUCAGCCUGCGCUCCAUCUCACCAACCCCAAUCCGCUCCGCCCACGCCGAGUCCAUCUCUGGCUCUGGCUCUGGCUCUGGCUCAAGUUUCCAUGGUCCUCCUCCUCCUCCCUUUUCAUCUCCUGGCAACAACACCAACGCCAGCAACGCCAACUCGGGCAGCGGCCAUCAUCACCACCAUCUUCAUCACAACCAAGCGAGUGCCCGUGAUCUCGCCCUCGGUCACGGUGCCAUCACGAGCCCGCCGCUGCAUCACAGCUCCCACACUCAACAACACCACGCCAACGGAAAUUAUCGCGAGGACCUCAAUCACGCCUCCUUGACCACGGCUGCUGGUGGUGCAGCACCCGCAUACAUGGCGUCGUCUUCUUCAACACCAGCACCGCCUGGUGCCUCUCCGUCCAUGCCGUCGACUUCAUUGUCCUCGAAUCCAUCGACUUCUAAUAACCAUAAUCAUCACCACCAACACGGCGCACCCCCAUUGUCGCCUCGACACGCCCCAGCCUCAUCCGCGUCCAAUUACUAUCCGCCACCUGCCUCGUCGCCCGAGUCUCGUCAUCAAUCUCAUCUUCACUCUCGCGACAAACCUGCAUCAGGCAGAGUCUACGACCCCACGACUGACACCACCAAGGAACGCAGGGUAUCCGACUCCUGGCACAACGCGCCCCAGAACUCCACGCCAAAGGCUGCUCGCGAUCCUUACCCCUACGAUCGGACGCCUGCCGACCAACAUCACUCAUCUUCCUACUACAGCAACGGCCAUUACACAUCACCUCGACAGUCGUACAAUCGGCCUCGGAGCCCGCUCUCUCAUUCACAUCCCAACCUGCCUGUUGGCUCUCACAGUCCACCAAGCCGCACGGCUCAACUCACUUCUCCUUCACAAAGACAUGUGCCUGCAGCCACUUUGAACUCAUCAACAAACGGCUCCUCAGCCAUGUCGACCGUCAUCAAGACAGAGCCUCGGGCCGUAUCGCCCUCAAAACCCGCGCCUGUAUCAUCGACAAAUACCCCCAGCCGAUCAGCCGAUCCCAUGUCCUUCUCCAAUAUUCUCUCAAGCGCAGAACCUGCUCCCAAGCCUGCCCCCGAGCCUCGUGCUCCCACUCCCGAGCAGGCCCCUGAGCCAGAACAGGAUGCAGACACUGAAGUCGAGCCCGAGAAAGAUAUUGAGACUGAGCCGGAGCGCCCUCCAGCGAGAAAGACUGAGCCUGUGGUGAGAAAGAAACCUGGCAGACGACCUACCAAGGGUCGUGCGUCAGAUAUUAGGGAGGCUGAGGCCCCCAAAGGCAAACGCCGCUCUUCAAUCAAGAGGGAAUCUCCCCAACCUCGAUCUGCCUCCAAGCGUCUAGCCAAUGGCCAACCCAAAGCUAGCAAGACGUGGUCCAGCGAAAUGGAAAGCAAGAUUCAAAGGUCCGAAAAUCAGAUUGACAAUGACGUCUCGGGCCUCGACCCGACUGAAUUCGACGAGCAAGAGUACAAAGGACGCGCCCACAAGAGACGUCGCGUGAUGCUUGACUUUGACAUCGAGCAGGGCCGUCUACGCCGUGAUGAAUACACCAAGGCUGUCGGCAAAAAGUUGGGUCUUCACUCGGAACUCGGUAAGCGACGAUACGAUGAUGUCUUCUAUGACCAGGCGCUUCACGAAGUUCGCGAGCAAGAGCUAUUUGCCGAGAAGGAGCGCAAGAAGGAUAUGCAACGCAAGCGUCGUCGUGAAAAGUCCAUGGCUGUCACCAUUGAGCUCAAAGAAGCCGCUUUGGCGCGAGCAAAUGCUGCUGCAGACGAGAGUGAACGUCAAAAACACCUGCGUGAUGCUGAGCGCGCAAGUAAAAAGGCUCAGCAGACGAAACUUAUCCUUCAAAAGGGAAUCAAAGGGCCAGCACGCAACCUGGAACUCAACUUGGAGGGUGGUACCAUGUCCAGCUUCCUGGCUUCCGAUGCUGAGACUCCCAAGAAAGGCAGAGGCAAAGGCGGGAGACUCAAGAAAUCCAAAGAACAGAAGAAGGCCGAGAAGGACUCUGCUGAAGCAGCCCAAGCUUUGCUUGAUGCCGGCAAGGAAUUGCCUCCCAAGGAGGAAGGUAAAGUUCGCAUCAAGAUCAAGGGACGCCCUAAAGACAAGGAUAGAGACAAGGACACCGAGAAAAGCAGCAAAGAAACCAAGGAAUCUGCCAAGGAAAAGAAGGACGAAGCCUCUGAGCUGGAGAAGAAGUUCACCUCCAAGGGCUACAACCAGAUUUACGAACAAAUUUGGCGGGAUAUGGCACGCAAAGAUGUCAACAAAACAUUCAAGAUGGCCGUCGAUUCCUACGCAACCAAGGGUUCCAACCUCAAGAAGACAGCUAUUCUUGCUUCGAAAGAAGCCAAGCGGUGGCAGCUUCGGACCAACAAAGGCACCAAGGAUCUUCAGGCACGCGCUAAGCGUGUUAUGCGUGACAUGAUGGGCUUCUGGAAACGCAACGAACGUGAAGAGCGUGACUUGCGCAAAGCAGCCGAGAAGCAAGAGAUCGAAAAUGCCAGGCGGGAAGAAGCGGACCGCGAAGCUGCCCGCCAGAAGAGGAAGCUCAAUUUCCUUAUUUCACAAACUGAACUCUACUCCCACUUUAUUGGCAAGAAGAUCAAGACCGACGAAGUGGAGCGGAGCACAGACAACCCUGAAAUUGCUCAACCCAGCAGCGACAUACCAAAUAGCAAGCUUGACAUUGCAGAGCCGUCUGGACCAGUUGGCAAUAGAGUCACGGACUUUGAGAAUCUUGACUUUGACAAUGAAGAUGAGACGCAGCUGCAAGCCGCUGCCAUGGCAAACGCCCAGAAUGCCAUAGCAGAGGCACAGAAGAAGGCUCGCGCGUUCAACAAUGAAGGCGACUUGGAUAUGGAUGAAGAGGGCGAGAUGAACUUCCAGAACCCAACUGGGCUUGGAGAAAUGGAAGUCGAGCAACCCAAGCUCAUCAACGCUCAGCUCAAGGAGUACCAGCUCAAGGGUCUCAACUGGCUGGUCAACUUGUAUGAACAAGGCAUUAACGGUAUCCUGGCCGACGAAAUGGGUCUCGGAAAGACUGUGCAGUCCAUCUCCGUCAUGGCGUACUUGGCUGAGAAACACGACAUUUGGGGCCCCUUCCUGGUUGUCGCACCUGCGUCGACGUUGCACAAUUGGCAACAGGAAAUCGUCAAGUUCGUUCCCGAGUUCAAGAUUCUGCCGUACUGGGGAAGUGCGCCAGAUCGAAAAGUUCUGCGAAAAUUCUGGGACAGGAAGCACUCGACUUACCGCAAGGAGGCUGCUUUCCAUGUCUGUGUUACGUCAUAUCAGCUGGUUGUAUCAGACGUAGCUUACUUCCAAAAGAUGCGAUGGCAGUACAUGAUUCUUGAUGAAGCCCAAGCGAUCAAGAGCUCUCAGAGCUCUCGUUGGAAGUCCUUGCUCGGCUUCCAUUGCCGAAACAGACUUUUGCUGACUGGUACCCCCAUCCAGAACAACAUGCAAGAAUUGUGGGCGCUCCUCCACUUCAUCAUGCCGUCUCUUUUCGACUCCCACGACGAAUUCAGCGAAUGGUUUUCCAAGGAUAUUGAAUCUCAUGCGCAGAGCAACACAAAGCUCAAUGAAGAUCAACUCAAGCGUCUGCACAUGAUUCUUAAGCCAUUUAUGCUUCGUCGCGUCAAGAAACACGUGCAAAAGGAACUUGGCGACAAGAUUGAACUAGAUGUCUUCUGUAACCUUACGUAUAGACAACGGGCAUACUACACCAAUCUGCGGAACCAGAUCAACAUUAUGGACCUCGUUGAGAAGGCCACCAUGGGCGAUGAUCAGGAUUCGGGUACUUUGAUGAACUUGGUUAUGCAGUUCCGAAAAGUUUGCAACCAUCCUGACUUAUUUGAGCGCGCCGAGGUCACUGCUCCCUACUCCUUCAACUACUUUGCUGAAACUGCCUCUUUUGUUCGAGAAGGAAGUACUGUCACGGCUGGCUACUCGACUCGAAGUCUCAUCAAUUUUGAGCUCCCAUCGCUGGUCUGGACGGAGGGUGGUCGUAUCAACAAAGCGUCGAGCGAGAACGCCAAAGCCGGAUGGCGCAACAAGGCUCUCAACCAUAUGAUGAAUAUAUGGACGCCUGAGCAUGUGCGUGAGAACUCGCGAGAUUCCAAGGCGUUCUCCUGGCUUCGAUUCGCCGACGCUUCCUCUGGCGAUGUCUACAAGGCCACACAUGAGAGUCUCUUUACCCGCGCGAUGAAUGAGCUGCAAAAGAAGGACACCCUUGGUCAAAUGCCAAUCAUUUAUGACGAGGAAGAAGACAAGAAGUUCACGCCCGGGCAUGCCUUGUUCAAGGUCCGUGCCAGGGAAAAUCGCCGUCCGCUGGCUGAGAUUACCUCCGACGGUGUCCUCAACAAGCUGAUGAAUGUUGCGCGUGAGAACUACGACGAUUCCGGCUUGAGUAGGCUAGAAGUUGCCGGCCGACCUCGUGCAUCGGCACCUCCCGUUGAGCUCGUCUGCAACACCAUAAGUGCCGUUAGGGAGAGACAAGAACUCUUGUUCAACCCUGGCAUUCGCAAGGCUCUGUACGGCCCUGCUCUAUCGGAGGAGAAGGCACUUAUCGAACAAAAGGUGCCACUCGAACUGUACCCUUCACGCAGCCUUCUUCCCAAACCCGACAGCGAGAGGAAACGAUUCACAGAAUUCGUGGUCCCUUCGAUGCGCAAAUUUGUUACCGACAGUGGCAAGCUGGCUAAACUCGACGAGUUGCUAUUCAAGCUCAAGAAUGAGGGCCAUCGUGUCUUGCUCUACUUCCAGAUGACUCGCAUGAUUGACAUGAUGGAGGAAUAUCUGACGUACCGCAACUACAAAUACUGCCGCCUGGACGGUUCCACCAAAUUGGAGGAUCGACGUGACACGGUACAUGACUUUCAAACUCGGCCCGAGAUAUUCAUUUUCUUGCUGUCUACACGUGCAGGUGGUUUGGGAAUUAAUCUUACCUCAGCUGAUACCGUCAUCUUUUACGACUCAGAUUGGAAUCCUACCAUUGAUUCACAAGCCAUGGACCGAGCUCACAGAUUGGGUCAAACGAAACAGGUCACUGUGUAUCGUCUCAUCACGCGCGGCACCAUCGAAGAACGAAUUCGCAAGCGAGCUCUUCAGAAGGAAGAAGUCCAGCGUGUGGUUAUCCAAGGAGGCGGUGCUAGUGUUGACUUCUCUGGUCGCCGUGCCCCUGAGAACCGCAACCGUGACAUUGCUAUGUGGCUGGCUGAUGAUGAACAAGCUGAGAUGAUUGAACGACGUGAGAAGGAGCUCUUGGAAUCUGGAGAGUAUGACAAACAGAAGAAGAGAGGUGGGAAACGCAAGAAGGCGGAGGCUCCCGCCAGCUUGGAUGAUAUGUAUCAUGAAGGCGAGGGACAUUUUGAUGACGGUAGCAGAGCUGGAGCUUCUGGCACAGCAACACCUGCGGAAAGUGAUACCAAGGGUAAGAGAGGGCGAGGAAAGGCUGCUGGGAAAAGAGCCAAGACGGCCAAACAGCGUCUCGCAAUUGCGGACGGCAUGGUUGAUGCAUAA